AUGAGACUAGAGAUUUCUAGAGUUUGGUUGAUGAUUUGGACCUCACUGAGAUCAAGAGCAAAGGAGCCUUCUACUCUUGGUCAAAUAAGGCUCAUACUGGCCUGGUGUUCUGGUAGUUCUGUCUGGCAUAAGCUUAAUUCUGUGAAGUCUAGUAUUAAGUCUCUUAAUAGCAAGCAUUUUGGAAAUAUUGUUGUGAAGAUUGAUCAAGCUAAUGCUGAGCUUGCUGAAAUUCAGAACCUAAUGGCUCAGAAUCUUGAUGAUUUGGAUUUAUAUGCAAAAGAAUCUGAUGCUUUUAAGGUUGUCAAGCACUGGAGUGAUAUUCAAGAAAGUAUAUUCAAACAAAAGUCUAGGAUCAACUGGAUUAAGCUUGGAGAUGGAAAUUCUCAUUAUUUUUUCUCAAUGAUGAAGACUAGACAAGCAAGGAACAGAAUUGACUCUAUCUUUGACUCUAACCAGGUUUUGCUUAAGGAUCCGAAUUCUAUUUCUCAUGAGAUUAUCUCUUUCUAUAAGUCUCUUUUAGGGACUAAGGCUCCUUGGCUCCCUGCUGUUGAUCUUUUUACUAUGAGGAGAGGUAAACAGCUUAGCUCUGUUGCUCAGAGCUAUCUUAUUCAGCCUGUCUCUCAUGCUGAAAUUGAUGCUGCUCAUAAAGGAAUUGAUACUAAAGCUCCUAGUAUUUAUGGCUUUAACUCCUUUUUCUUUAAGAGAGAGCUUGGUGAUAACUUGUUAUUUUGUAUGAUUUUAAAGUGA